GGAGGGGAGAGGAGAGGAGAGAACCAAAACAGAACAGAAAUCGGUUUUCUUUCUGUUGCUGAGCAGGUGGCAGUCAAUCACUACACCGUUUUCCUGGUGCUGAAAGUUUCCCUCGGUCAACGGUCGUCACUCAUUGGAUUACAAACAUUCUGUUCCUGAACGUGGACGUGCAAACCGACGACUCGGGAGUAUUUUACGAAGACUAGUGGUUGUUUGGGGGCGCCUGCUGUCUAUGUGUGAGUACGUGAUGUCGCUUUCGACCGCCUGAACAGGAAAUAUCUCAUCCAAAGCCGACCGCUGUACCAUGGACCACCAGGAGGGCACAGAAAUGGAGGAUGCAAAGUCUGCGAGGAUAAGGGCUGAAAUUUUGAAUUGUGUGAAUGAGCUUGAGCAAGGAAUCACAAGGAUUGACAGCAUUUUUAGGCGGCUUACAGACCACUGUUCAUCUCUCUUUGACCCUCAAGAAAACUUAACAAUGGACUCGGCAGAAUCUGCUCGACUUGUAGCUGAGAUUGAUUUUCUUAAUGAGGAACGGCGAGAAGAAUUUGUGAGGGUAACCUGCAUCAUACAGCACUGUUCUUCAUUGUACGCCGAGAUGAGAGACACAGAGAAGUUUGAACAGCAUGCUGAAGUCUAUGCCAAGGGGAUUGCUGGCCUGGAUCAUGUUAGCAGAAAGCAGAAGGAGGCAGUGAAGAGGCUGGAGUAUGUAAUGAAGCAAGUCACCGAUUACUGCAAGUUACGCUUUACUUCCCUUUUUGACAUGGUGUUUGAAGAAUAAGCCAUCACAGCCACAAUAGCUAUGAUGUGUCGCUUUUUCUUCUUUUUCAAAUGCUCAGUUUACUGCCAAGACUACUUUCCUUUUCUGUGUGCGUGUGCCUGCACAUAAUAAUUAUUUAACUGUGUCAUCCCUGUGGUACUCAGUCUUACUAGUCUUUAAAUAAUUUAAAGUUUACUUUAAAAUUUAUAUUAUUGGCAGCCAAAUAACGAAUUAAGUGAUGACGUGGGGCCCCUGUUGUGUUCUUUGUGUGCACUAGGUUCUAAUUAUUUACGUGAAAUGGCAAACAUUUCAAAUAGGAGAAAAUGAGUGAGAAGAGAAGCCCAUUUCUGAUUAUUAUUAUUUCCAUAUGAAUGCACAGUUGCAGUGGCAAAGACUGAUUUUUUUUUAAGUUGAUUCUUUUUAAAUCUGUAAAUGCAUAGAUUUGUAUUGUCUUCUAGUGUGUGUGAUGUUGUUUGUGCUGAGCCACUUAUGGUCUGGGCCUCCAUGCAGUGGCAGCAUACAUUCAGGUAAUGAAUAAAGUUCAUUUUGAUGUUGAUAAAA